AUGAAACGAUCCAAAUUUAUAGCAAACGCGACGAUGAAGAAUGAGAAGGUGAAUGUCCACGCAGACAAUUUUAUACCCCCAGGAUCGGAAAAAUCAGAAAUGAAAAAUUUUAAUUUUUUUCCCCAUUUAUUUUUAAAGGGGGAAUUAAUGAGACAGUUUUUGAUGGACGAAGAUGUGUGGCUAUUUAUACAAAAUUUUAAGAUGAAAUUAAAGGAAAGUCCAAAUGAUGUUGAUAACUGGUUGGAUUAUCAGCUACACUUAGCAAAAAACAGCAUGGGGAAUUUGUUCCACUCGGAUAUCCCCCCAUUUGAACACAUAAAAAAAAGCAGCGAAAUUUUUAGCUCAAAAUCUUAUUACGAAGUUGAUAGAAAUUUUGAUCAUCUUAAUGAGUUUGGCAAACGGAAUGAUUUUUAUGAACAGUGUAGGAGAAGUACCUGUGAUGAUUUGGACCAACUGGAUCGACGAACUCUCCGUAGCGGAGAGAGGGAAAAAUACAACGAUGAUGAUGAUGGUGAUGAUCAUGUGAAGGAGGGAAACAGGACCACCGCUGUGGAAUUAGGAACACGAGGAACAAGCAGAGUUGGCAUAGAUGACAUCCUAAUAAGGAGAAUGUCUCAAAGCGAACAUGGGAAAGAGAGUCGCAGCAUCCAGGUGGGGUAUAGUAUUCCCACAGUGAAGGAUGACCAACAUCUGGAGGAAAGCAGAAGUUGCGCUGGAUCGAGAGAUACUCCAAGUGGAUCUGCACAAAGGAAGAUCAGUGAGGUCGGAAGUGAUCUCCACUUCAGCGGCGAACGGAAUGAUCACACGGAUGUACACACCGACGCACACACCGACGCACACACCGAUGUACAGACGGAUGAGAAUUCGAAACACUACCACAAUGGUGAAGACAUAAUAAUAAAAAGGAGGCAUGAUGGAAGGGAAGAAAGCAAUGUGGGUAGAAGCAAUUACAGUGGCGUGGACAAGGAGGAAUCGCACGGAAUUAUGGGAAGGAUACAGCAAUUCAGAGAGAGAAACAAUUUCGAGGAUGAAAUUUUUAGCCCUCAAGGUAAGGCAGUAAUGAAGUCGAAAUAUGAGGUUUCCACUGUCCCUACGCAGUGUAGUGUGAAGGACGAUAUAAUGACUUCGUCAAGGGAAACUACACAUGGAGAAGAAGGGUCACAUUGGAAGGCAGAAGAUGAUUAUAUUCGCGAUGUUGCAGAGAAAGGAGAACUAAAUCAGGAGGAUACUUCUCUCGGAGAGAAUGAGAUUGGGGAUGGAAACGGGAGAAAUGGAACCCGUGAGAAACGCCACCCUGGAGGGAGCAUCUCCCCCGUUGAGGAAUCCCUUCAGGAGGAAAAACAAUUAAGAGAAGCCUUGAAUAUGAAGGUGGUAUCUAACAAAGUGAUACCCAACCAUGUGGCGACCAGUCAAGGGUACGAAACGCAGCAUAGAACAGGGGCUAUCAUUGCGACCAAAAUUCCAGCGGAGGAGAGUCUCCUUCCAAAGAAAAACAAACUGAUAGAACAAUCUAUGCAUGAAGAGAAACAAAUCCGAAAUGAUUCCAUAUAUAACUCUGAACCGAGGGAGAACAAAUUGUCGGAUAAAAAGAAAAUGGAGGUGCCCAUUGUGAUACCCAAAAUGACAGUUACCAUAGACAACAUGACGAAUGAGGAGAUGGACAAAAAAUUAAAAAAUAUAUUCAGCCAAUAUGAUAAUAAAAUGAAUUUAGAUUUGUUUGAAAAACUACUAGUAGUAGACUUUCUAAAAAUCGGAAGAUAUAUGAGUCAUACUUUGUACUCUCGCAUUGAGAAAGCCAAUGAAGAUUUUGUAACAUGUGAAGAAGUGAGGAAAUACUUCCGUAAUCGUUUUAUUGAUGGCACGAAGGAUCCAAGUUAUUACAACGAUAGUAGGUAUAGGAGUUUAUUUGAAAAGGCCAGACAGGGAAGCGUAAAGGGCGCCCUGCACGUCGUUACUACAUCUAAUGGAGAUAUCGGUGAGGAAAGUGUGAAUGAAAUUUCUCAUUUGCACAGUGAAGCAAGCCGUCUAGAUUGCGACGAACAUACAUUAGAAGAGAAUAACGGAGGAUGUAGCCAAAAGGGAGAGAUUGUAGAUGUCCCAUACAAAAAGUGUUCUAUUGUAAAUUUCUUCAAUGCAGUUAAGGACCAAAAUAGGGACUACAUUGAGUUUAAGGAUUUUGAUGUGUUCGUAAGGGAAAUUCUAAAGAGAAACACAUCUUUACAAUUUUUACAUGAACACGUAGAAUUUUUAGAAAGAUACAUAGAAUCAGUCAUCGUGAGGAUAUAUUAUCACAUAGAUGUAAAUGACACGAAUAGGGUGUACCUAAAAGACUUGAAGAGACACAACUUAGCUCACAUCUGGUGUUGUCUCGAUGACAAUAUAAAAGUACAGCACGUGAAAAACUACUUCAGUUAUUCCCAUUUCUAUGUGUACUAUUGCACCUUUUGCCAAACAAGCAGUUGCAAAGAUAUGCUUAUUGAUGACAACGAUCUGUACAGAUUCGAUAACCAUUCGCUUAACGAUUUUAUAGUAAAUAGAAUUUGGUCUAGAAUCUCUAUUAAGCUAGCAGGACCAAAUGAAAAAUAUAUGUGUCUAAACGACUGGAUUUAUUUUAUCAUGAAUUACGAAGACAUGACAACCGAUCGGGCCAUAGAAUUUUGGUUUAAAUUAAUUGACUUGGACGCUGAUUGUGUUAUUAGGGACCAUGAAAUUCAAGUUUUUUUUAACAUUCAAAUGGAGAGAUUAAAGUCACAUUAUUUAGAAGAACCCAAAUUUGAAGAUUGGUUAUGCCAGAUGAAUGAUGCCAUUCAGCCAAAGAAUGAAGGAAAUUUUACUCUGUCCGAUUUUAAAAGGAAUAAGAAAUAUGCCGCGAGAUUUUUCGGCUGCUUGGUUAGCUUGUCCAAGUUAUUAGCUUGGGAGAGCAGGGAUGUCUACAAGGAAUUGCAAAUCGAGACGGAAUUCCCCCACUCCACUCCAUGGGAGAUUUUCUGCAAAACUAAGUAUGAUGAGCUGUGCUACAUGGAUAAUGAAGGCUGUUAUGAGGACAAUUUUGAUACCUACGAUGGGAAAGGCUACUACGGUUUGGACACAGAUUGA